AAGUUUACGCUUCCUCCAUUUGGAUGAAACAAGAAUUAAAGAGCCACCCUCUUCCAUUGGAAAUCUAAAGGGGCUUACAGAAUAGAACCUUGACAACUGCUGCAAGCUUAAAGCUCUACCAGACAGCAUCAAUAAAUUAAACAAUACAGAACACUUUUCCUUGUUUGGCUGCUCAAAACUUGAAAAAUUCCCAACUUUAUCAACUUCUUUAGCAAAUUCGGAUGCAUGCCAACAUAGCCUGGAUUUAAAAUUUUUCAAUUGUAUGAUGUUGGAUCAUGAAGCAAGCAGGGGAAUAAUGGCUGAUGUACAUAUCAGAAUUUUGCGUAUGGCAGCUUCUACAUUAAAAGCUAAGAAUGAAUUUCCAUUCUUUGCAUCACCCUCGUUAAGAAUUUGGUGUCCAGGAAAUGAAAUUCCAGAUUGGUUUACGUACCAAACAGAGGGAGAUGAAACUCCAGAUUGGUUUACGCGGCCAUCAAAGGGAUCUUCACUGAAUAUCCAGCUUCCUCUAAAUUGGCACUCCAACUUGUUGGGUAUUGCUCUCUGUACUGUUGUUGCAUUCAGGAAUUGCGAUCGUAAUUUACCUUUGUGGAUAUCAUGUAAAUGCUCAUUGAAGAGGAACAAUGGUAUAGGCCAUAAGUUCAACUGGUUUAUGAACUGGAAUAGGAUGAUUGCUAGCAAGACUUGGGGAGUUGCAGAAUCUGAUCACAUGUUCCGGUGGUAUGACCAUAGCAUCUUUGAGGAUUUUAUUAAGAAACAAGCAAACUUUUUUUCCUCUACUUGUAAUGCCACAUUUAUUUUCAACCCAGUGCAUCAAUUUUCAACCAUCACAAAGUGUGGGAUCAACUUAUUAUAUGCCCAAGAUGCAGAGAGACUUGGUAUCCUUAGUCAAGAUGAUAGGGAACCAGAUGUCAAACAUAAUAUAACUAAGAGAAGCCGGAAUGCGUUUGAAGCCGGUGAAGGUGUGAUUUUUAUAAGCUCUGACGAGGAAGAAGAAGAUGAUCAACCAAAUCCUAAGAGAAUUUGAUGCAUCUCUUCCAGAUUAAUGGUUCCACAAGACAUACAUAUCUAUACGCCUAAGACAUACCACACCAUUACAGCAGCCCACCACCUUGACGACACAAUCUUUCGAACUCAUUGAAUCCAUUAAUGGAGUAUCGGAUAAUAUUGUUUGGGUAUAAAC